AUGAAUGAGCAGAGGGUCACUUUCUCAACUGCGAGAUUUCAUAAUUCUUCAGUGCUGCAGAACCAGGAGAGGACUGAGGAGACUCAGAGGCUAGAAAAGCUGGAUUUUUAUGAUUGUUCAAUCUGCUGGCAGAUCACUGUGACAGCUCUUGGAAUCCUGUGUUCCUUUCGGCUAGUAUUGGUUGCAGUGAUGGUGACAAACAUUUUUCAGUACAGUCAAGAAAAACAUGAACUUCAGGAAACUCUAUCCAACCUCCACCAUAACUACAGCACCAUGCAAAAUGACAUCAACUUAAAGGAAGAAAUGCUGAGAGAUAUGUCUACAGAGUAUAGUGCUGUUAAUCAUUUUCUGGACUUCCUCAACAGAGAACAGAACAGAUGGUACAACAAAACCAAGACUGUUUUAGAUUCUUUGCAGCACUCAGGUAGAGGUGUUGAAAUGCACUGGUUCUGUUAUGGUAUAAAAUGUUAUUAUUUCAUCAUGGACAGAAAAACAUGGAGUGGAUGUACCCAGACCUGUCAGAAUUACAGUUUGCCCCUUCUGACGAUAGAUGAUGAGGAUGAACUGAUGUUCCUUCAUCUCCUGGUUACUCCAGACAGUUACUGGAUUGGAUUGUCUUAUGAUAAUAAAAAGAGUGAUUGGACAUGGAUUGACAACAACCCAUCUAAACUUGCCUUGAACACAAGGAAAUACAAUGUUAAGGAUGGAGGAUGUGUAUUCUUAUCUAAAACAAGACUAGACAAUAUUAACUGUGAUAAUUUAUUCAGCUGUAUUUGUGGGAAGAGACUGGAUAAAUUCCCUGACUGACAAUCCAGUGAAUG